AUGUGUAUCGCUAUUCUCACAACAGCCCAUCCAGACUAUCCAUUCAUAUUGCUCAACAAUCGAGACGAGUAUUUACAUCGUCCAACAGCAGAGGCAACAUGGUGGCCAUCUCCAGACACCCAAGUCUUGGGCGGCUACGACCUUCACCGUCCCGUUCAUGGCACCUGGCUGGGUGUGACCCGUCAAGGUCGAAUUGCAGUGUUGACCAACUACCGUGAAGAGGAUGAAACGAUCGUGGAAGGCGCGCGAAGUAGAGGGCUCAUUCCAAACGCUUGGUUAAAGUCCGACCCGGCGAAGGGGGAGAGUACAGAACAGUUCGCAAAACGAAUGAUAGAAGAAGAUGGUGUCGAGGGCGUUGGCGGGUUCUCUCUGUGCUACGGAUUCAUUCAAGAUGUUGUCAAAGAGGGAGAAAAGGGUCUUGCAAUCGUGAGCAACCGAACUCCAGACGUUCAUGGCGUGAUUCAUCUCCUGCAAAAGCCAGAUGAAACCCGGGCUCUCAGCAAUGCCGCUUACAACGACCGCACCUGGCCCAAAGUAAUCAAUGGAGAAGACUGGACGCGCGCUGCUAUCGCCAAGUCUGUCGCUGCCAACGAGUCCCAAGACCAGCUCAUCAACCGUCUUCUCGAUAUUCUGACCACGGACACCAUGCCCCGACAGAAAGAGAAUGAGGAGUGGGACAUGUACCUCAACCAACUGCGUUAUAGCAUAUUUGUUCCAGCAAUUGGAAGAGACCAUCUUGAAGAGCACAAGAUGCCUGCGCAUGAGGUGGGCGAUGUGGUCAAAGCGAAAGCGCUGGAUGCUACAAGUGGGUGCUACGGUACCCAGAAAAAUAUCAUAGUGUUGUGUGAUCGAGAAGGGAAGGUGACUUAUUUUGAGAGGACGUUGUAUGAUGGUGAUGCGAAACCGAUUGAAAAAGGAAAAGGAGACAGGAAAUUUGAUUUCAAGAUCGAAGGGUGGUAA